UACUGUAGUUGAAUUUGUGUUAAUACUUCGUUUCAUAAAUGCUGGCGUUAUACGAAAUAGAGAAUUUACAGAAAGCUCACAAGCUUCAAGCAAUUUUGAAGAAAGUCGUAUACCUUCUUCUCAAGUACAUUCAACAGAGAUCAAAGAAAAGGAAAAAAUUCCUUUGAUAAUGGCAGAGAGAAAUGAAGUUCUCACAAAUCAAGAAAUUCCUAAGGAUAUUAUAGACACUGAGGAGAACAAUAUAAAUAACAUGGUAGAUGCAAAUUUAGAUGGUGUGAUGAGAGAUAUCAGCGGAGGUUUCAAUGACUACGUUUUAGAUGAAAUGGCUCAUGAAAAUGGAGUUAUUAAAAUACGUAUCAUGCAGAGUCUUGAGUUUAGGUCAGCAGUAAGUAACAGUGAGCGAUACUGGGAAGAUGGCGUUGUACCUUAUGAAUUAUCACCGACAUACAAUGAAAGCGAGAUCGGAAUCAUUUCUGAUGCAAUCGAAGAAUUCCGGAACAGAACUUGCAUACGAUUUGUUCCUAGAAAAGAUGAACUGACAUAUAUCUUUAUAGAACCAGACAGUGGAUGCAGUUCAAUCGUUGGUAUGAUAAGAGAAAGGUCGAACAACGUUUCAUUGAGCACAGGAUGUUAUCUGAAAGGCACAGUUUUGCAUGAGCUCAUGCAUGUUAUAGGUUUUAUCCAUGAACAAAACAGGCCGGAUAGAGACGACUUUGUGAAAAUUUUUUGGGACAACAUUAUUGAAGAUGCGAAACUCAACUUUGAGAAAUAUGCAUGGGACCAAGUGCACAACUUCAGCAGUGGUUAUGAUUACGGUUCAGUCAUGCAUUAUGGUGCUUAUGCAUUUGCAAUAAAUGACAGUUUGCCAACUAUUGAACCUUUAAAGAAAGGCGUUGAGAUUGGGCAGCGAGACAAUUUCAGCGAUCUAGAUGUUAUAAAGAUAAAUUCGCUUUAUAAUUGCUCUCAAGAAAAGAAGGAUUUUCCAAAAAUUCCAAUUAAGCCGUUGAAGACGGAUCGAAAACAGUUGAAAAAAAUAAGGGCUUUCAGUUCAGAAAUACUGAGAAUGUUAAUGCAUCACUUCCUGGAAAUUGGAAAAUCUUUCAAAUAUCUGUUUAGAAAGCUACUAAAGCUGUUUUAAAUGAUAAGCGACUUAAGAAAGUCGUACUGGGGUCUUUUAUCACAAAGCUUUCUUGACUGAGCUGAUGAUCUAAAUAAACAUAAAUUAUACUCAAGCAUAAGUAACGUUUUGAUCUGCUAACCAUUCAAAGUUUUGAUUAGGUUCAGUUCCUAGUUAUUUAAUUCUCCAAUAGUGAUUUCGACAAUUAAUACAAUUGAAGACAUUAAAUACAAUAAAAGUACAUUUUGAAGUAAGAUUUUAAUUGCUACCUUUGUGAUGUAUUUUAACAGCAAGAUCUGUAAAUGUUUUUAUGGAAAUAAGUAGUUCAUUGUUUGAUAAAGUAAAGAACUGAAUUUCUAAUUAUACACAAACUUACGCUUUGUCUGAGCUGCGCAUAAACUGUCUUUACCAAGAGUAUUCUCUACUGCAGCUUACCAACUGUAUACUCCCUGCAACUGCAGGGUCCGCCAGAAAAUUAUGUACACAGUUUAACAGAGGGUAUCUGCACUUUGUUUUUCGAAAGUGAAUUGAAUUAUGUUUACAAUAUGUACUAUGGUGUUUGCUCAAAACAUAUCGGUACUCUCAUGCGUGUAAUAAGUGACAUAUUACUUAUGGUAGUGAAUCAAGUUGGAGUUCAGAGAUUUUGAAGAACGUCAUGUAGCGCAGGAAAUCGAUUACGGUGGAGGGGUGGAGGUCCUUCGUGAAGAAAUUACAGCGACAUGGUUUUUCCUCUGACACAUUCACCGAUAUUGUUCCUGUAACCGCUCUCCAUUGUGCAACGUGUCUGGUCAUUAAACGCCAUCACUCUGACAUUUGAGCAAACUAAGUAACUAUACAAAUGAAAGUGGAGGAAGAUUGUAUUAAAGUUAACCUAAGAUAUGCAUGAUUAUAUUAAUAUAUAGUUAAGUUCAUCUCUAACACAUAAUAAAGAAAAUUUCUUUCAAUAAAAUGUGCAUACAUGUUUCUGCCGGAUCCUGUAUUUCCAUGUAUUUUCUGCAUGAAAUAUUUUAUAAAUGAGUGGCUCUUCUCUUGACCUUGAAUUCAACCGAGAGUUUAUUAAAUGCGCCCUUUAAUAUGUUUUUGAGUGUUCACUUCCUAGAAGCUAUUAUAAUAGAUAUUAAAACUUAGCAUUUGCUUUGCAUGUGCUAUAUUACAUUUAUAUGUGCAUGUACAGUUUCCCUCAUUACAGUUACGGAACUUAACCUAGGAACUGGCUUUAUAAUGGGUGGGGGGCUAGACAAUCUAAAUCUCGCGUAAUAUAAAUAUGUAACGUGUCCUCGCAUACACGAAAUGAAUUUCGUACCACUUUAUUUUAUCUCAUUUUUAUUUCGUACUUACUACUGAAUUUCGUAUACAAUUUCAUUUUUACUUAUUGCCAGCACCUUAAGACUUAAGUUAUUAACUUCAGACAUAAUAACAAUAUACUUUAAUCAGAAUAUAUUUUAUUGUAACUCAAGAAUAUAGUGAAGAACACAUGUGUGCAUGCAUAUAUAGUAUAAGGAUAGCAAGGAUAUAGUGCAGAUAACAUGUGUGCAUGCAUAUAUAGUGCAGAUAACAUGUGCGCACAUGUGAAUAAAAUGUUCAGA